GCUCUGCUCUGCUCUGCGCGCGGGGCGCAGGAUAUAUCUGCUUCUGCAUUAUGCUGCACCGAGAUCAGUACUGCGAGAUUAUAGAUAUUCCGCGCAUAUAAAGUAAUAGACGUUGUAUGUAUGCAGCGCAGAUAAGUUAACGUGUGCACCACACACACACACGGACCUAACGCGCAGUGUGCAGAGCAUUGUGUGUGCGUGAGUACUGUGUGUGUAUAUAAUAUAGUUUGUGACAAGUGGCCAUGAGCCGAUGUGCUGCUGCUGCUGAUGAGAUUACUAGACAACGGCACGAUUCUUCGUUUUUACCUAUGCCGUAAAAAGAUACAGCGUUGCAGCGGGCAGCAUUACGAUCAUCGUAGAUCGCAUUUUCAAUGUUCAAGACUGAAAAGACGAAAACAAUCGGUCUAAAAAAAUCACAACUAUGUCGAUGGUACUGCGACUACGUGUCUCGACUUUUUAUCUUCAUUUUCAUCACUGCUAUCCACAUCGAUAAUGGAGCCUGCAUUAUACAACAAGCUAGUCAAAGCGGUGCACUACAUACAUUUAAAAGUUAUGAGGAUGUUCUAAUGUUACACUUCAAUGUGCCAAAGCAGGUAGUCCGUGCUACAUGGCAAUUUAUUGCAUUUAGUGAAAAUGAAUGUCCAAGGCGCACUGUUAAUAUAUAUUUAAAGUCAGGCAGCUAUCCUGCUAUAUCUGUAAAUAAUGCUUCGCAUCUGCCUCAAAUGUACACUGAUAAUAAUGAUACUAUUCAGGUAUCCAUGGUCACUGAUCAUCACUUGAUAAAUAUUGCAAAAAUUGUUCCUGUAUAUAGUCCAGAACCUGGAGAUUGGUUCGUUGGUGCCUAUUUAUCUCAUUGGGAUAAAGAUGUACAUCAAAAAGGCCUAGGAGUUGAUUGUACUUAUAAUCUUGUUGCUCUAGCAUUGUGGUCAGAAACUGUUACUAUAGAGAAUAUUCCUUUAGGUUAUCAAGUAGAAUUGAAAACAAGUGAAACAAUUUCUUAUUUUAAAAUAUUCAUUCCAAUGAACACUUUGAGUUUUCAAAUUGAUGUAUGGGGCUGCAGUAUUUCUUUGAACACGACAAAAAACAUUCGAGGUCCUUGCAUUAAAAAUGUGUCUGUAAAAGGUAAAAGCAUGCCGUACAAUAAUCAUUCAGAAGCAAAUUCACAUGUAACUUUGACACCUGUGGAUACUUAUACUUUUGAGGAUUCAUCUCCAUUUCAAGAUGAGUGGUACUACCUUAUGAUAGUAUCUAACAAUCCUAUAAAAUUCAAUGUAAAAGUUACAGUAACUGAAUGCUUAAUAAAAACAAUGGAAGAGUCUCCCUUUCGACAAAACCAAUUCAAGAAUGUCAAAGGUAAAUUUUCUAAAGGAUUCAAUGGAAGCGAGUACAAAGAGGACAGAAAAGUUAGUAUUUUAAAUGAUAACAGAGAAACUUGCAUACCACAAUAUCAGUUGGUUCGGAUCAAAGAAAACAGCAUAUUCUCUGGUGACUAUUUAUUUAAGAGUAGAGAAUGGUUGACAUCAUGGUUAACUCUCAGCGACAGACAUCCAAUUGUCACUCAAUUUGAUGUUCUUCCAUUGGUUGACAUCGGAGGAACAUUAAGCAUUGCUGCAAGUCUUGAAAUGGAUAAAGUAAUGACGAAGCAAAGGGUAGAUGUUUUAAUUUGUUUGAAUCGUGGUCGUGUGCCAAGAGUCAGGGAGCCUGAAGAAAUGAAUAAAUGUGAUAAUGUGCAUACAACAAUUCAUUUAUCAAACGAUAAAUCCAACCAUUUUAAAAGUUUAUUGAUACCUUAUCCUAAACCGGAUACUUGGUACAUUUUACUUCAUGCACGUUGUUUAGUUAAUGGUUUCAAAGUACGCUGUGAAAUGGAAGAGAUAAUGGUGCUGCUGAAAAUUAAGUUAACGCCCUGCAUGAACAGAAGUAAAAAAUCAUGUGGUGACUACGGCGAGUGUCAAGAGAUUCAUAAAGGACUUCUUUAUUACACCGCUUGCAAAUGUUACGGUGGUCGACAGGGUUUGACGUGUACUGACACAACGAAUGCCAUGUCUGACUUUGCCAUCUUGCUAGAAACACUACUGCUCACAUUGAGCAAUUUAUUUUUCAUACCGGCCGUGUACAUAGCUCUGAGACGAAAAUUUUAUGCCGAAGGAUUUGUGUAUAUUUGUACGAUGUUAUUCUCGGCCUUUUAUCAUGCCUGUGAUCAAAAUUUUUAUUCUUAUUGCAUAGCAAAAUAUGAAGUUUUACAGUACUGCGAUUUUUUCUCCGGUAUUCUGUCAUUUUGGGUUACCUUGAUAGCAAUGGCUAAUCUAUCUAAAAAUUAUUUAGCCUUUUUUCAUGUUUUCGGAGUUAUUGUUAUAACGAUUGGUGUGCAAUCAGAUAAAGGAGGACUUUUAAGUGUUUCAUGUCCUUUAGUUAUCGGAUCGAUUAUUGUGUUAACGUCUCACGUUCAUUCGUGUUUUAUGAUUAAACAAUUCAUGUUGCCAAAGAACAAAUGGAAGCUAACUUUUGGCCUAAUUUUAGCCACUAUUGGAAUUUUAUUAUUUUGUCUAGUCGAAACAGAAUCUAAUUACAAGUACGUUCAUAGUGCCUGGCAUGCGAUUAUAGCAUCUUCGUUGGUUUUGCUGUUGCCAGCAAACAAUGAAAAUCAAAUUCACAAUGGCAGAAGCGAAGACGAUAUGGAGUGCAGCGAAUCCUCGAGCAGUUCUGUCUUUCACAUUGACAUCGCCAGCUACCGACACGAGCAUCUCGUCGAGCCAGCCAAUUGAACGAAAAAAAAAAAUAGAUAAUUGACUAUAGAAAUUGAUGUGUACACAUAUUUAAAUAUUUUAAUCGUGCAUUUAUUUUUUAAAGAGUUUACCAAAUAUUUUAGACAAACGAGAUUGUUAUUGUAUUCACGACAGACGACAGUAUUUUUUAUAAGAACAAAAUAAUUUUAUCGACUCGGUUCACUCCAAAGAAUCAAUUACUUUUGUACUAUUGUAUGAAGAAGCAAAGAUGACGUAUAAAUAAUAAUUUUUUGACCCUCUUAUCUGUUAAA